UUACCCAGGUUCAUCUGUUUACAGCCCAGCACAACUUGGCUUGUUAAGAAACUUUUUUCGUCCACAUCUAGGAAAUUCUCUCAAUAUGACAACACAAUUACAAACUUGAGAAUAGACAAAAAUACAAGGGUGAUAUAUCAGGGAUUUACUGGUAAAGCGGCAUGUGAACGACUAUUACACACGAUUGAGUACGGAACCAACAUUGUGGGCGGGGUGUCACCUGGGAAAGGAGGGCAGACUCAUCUCAGUCUUCCACUUUUCAACACAGCAGAAGAGGCCAUGAAGGCUGUCAACCCGCAUGCAAGUGCUGUAUUUGUACCCGCGCAAUUUGCAGCCAGUGCUAUCAUCGAGGCUAUUGAGGCUGAGGUCCCACUCGUUGUGUCUGUUGCUGAACAUGUUCCAAUCCACGACAUGGCGAGGGUUCAUGAAGUGUUGAAAGCGCAAAAUAAAACUCGACUUGUGGGGCCCAACUGCCCCGGUAUCAUUGCACCUGAUCAAUGCCGUAUCGGAAUCAUGCCAUACAAGCAAUACACCAAGGGCGUAAUAGGUAUUGUCUCAAAGAGUGGGACUCUGAGUUACGAAGCUGUUGGUGCGACUACCAAAGCGGGACUUGGGCAGAGUAUCGUUGUAGGGAUGGGAGGUGACUUGAUGCCUGGAACUACCUUGCUUGAUGGCCUCAAGUUGUUCUUCGACGAUGUUGAGACAAAAGGCAUUAUUGUAAUUGGUGAAAUCGGUGGGGAGGCUGAGCUCAGAGCUGCUGAGGCCAUAAAAGCCUACAGAGAGUCAACUUCGAGCCCAAAGCCAAUUGUUGCUAUGGUUGCUGGAAGAACAGCGCCGCCCGGGAAGACGAUGGGCCAUGCCGGUGCUAUUCUUUCACCAGGAGAUGUGUCUGCCGAUGUAAAGGUUAAGGCGCUUCGGGACGCGGGUGCAAUUAUUGUGCCUCAUCCAGGAACGAUGGGCACGGAGAUGAAGAGACUACUGAGACUAUAA